AUGAUCUACGACGAUGUUGAAAGCACGGCAGAAAUUGACUAUGAUUACGUCGCAAGGUGCAGCGACACCGAGCUAUCUGAAUAUAUCGGAGAGCUGCGAAAGACGUCAGAAAAGAACCCACAUGUUAUCAGAGUUUCGGAACAUUACGUGUCGAAAAGCUACCGCGCUGAUGAACUCGAGGACGUGAAACCUGCUAUAGAGCGUGCAAUCUCCCUUGGUGUUCGAGCACCGCCCAUCAGGCGCAUCGUGAAGAGGGCAGACGUUCUCGAAUGCGUACAAGACCGCAUCGACGGCCCUAACCUGAUGAACUCGUGGUCAUCUAUCGGCUUGUUUACUACCAUUCGCCUAGCCUUCCAGCUACGCGGGAUGGUGCAGAAGAUGAGGACGGCAAAGUCACCUACAGCAGGUUCCUUGGGAACCGGGAUAUGCCAUUCCUUCUGGAUAGAGGAUCGACACAGGCUGCCAGUCAGUCCCAGCGCUCGGGUCAUUGCGUGUGUCGUCAACUUCUGGUACAAUCACAAAACAUUCAAACAGGAGUCGAGAAAGACGCCUCAAGAACACUUCGAAUCUGUCGACAAGCCCGUAGCCGUUGAGCCACUCGUCUUUACUCAUCAUGACCUCGCGCCUCGCAACCUCAUGGUCGACUCGUCGAAAAACCUUUGGCUGGUGGACUGGGACUACGCCGGCUGGUAUCCGCCUUACUUUGAGUACGCUGGCAUGCACAACUUCGGGCCACCGACCACUUGGAGCCGACUGGAUUGA